AUGUGGACUAAUAAAGAGACUGAAAUUCUUUACGAUGCUGGCGAGUCAAAUGAUAUGGAUGGUCAAGUGAAAAUAGAUUUAACUAUGCUUGCCAAAGAAUUAUUUCCUGGGAAAGAUUGUCAACUUGAACAAUUUGUAAUUGUAUCCUUCGGCUUCAAUGAAACACUGAACCAAGAAUACUUCAAUCAAUUACGUAUGUACACAAGUCUUACUAUAAAUUUUGAUGAUUCUGAUGAAUGCAUUAGUUAUAUAACAAAUAUUGAGCAAACCACAAAAGUAUUAUUUAUCGUAGCCGAUUCUAUUGGACAAACCAUAAUACCACUUGUUUUUGAAAUACCACAAAUUAUGUAUAUUUAUAUUUUAUCCAUGGAUGGGAUCGAAAUAACAUGUGCUAAAGUAGGCGAUAGAAUUUAUUCAAACUCAAAAAUUCUAUUGCAAAGAUUACAGAUUGAUAUUGAGCAAUGUGUGAAUGCAACAUUACCAAUGAGUAUCCUUAAAUCAGAUGACGAGAGAUCAACAUUUAAUUUAUCAACUGAAACGAAUUCGGAAUUUUUUUGGUUUCAAAUAUUAAUCGAAAUAUUACUUCGUUUUGAUAAUAGAGAUUUUUGGAAAGAUACCAUGAUUAAUAUGUGCGAAUUAUAUUAUGAAGGUAAUGAAUCAGAAUUGAAAAAGAUCAAUGAAUAUAAACUAUCUUAUACAUCGGACAAAGCUAUUUGGUGGUAUACACGAGAUUGUUUUUUAUACCGUCUAGUAAAUCAAACAUUGAGAACUGGAAAUAUUAAUUCUAUGAUACCAUAUCAUUUCUUUAUUGCUGAUCUUCAUAAACGAUUGUGCUAUCUACAUAAGAAAUUUAUUCAAUCAAAUAAUACUGAAAACAGUAUUAUAACUCUUUAUCGGGGACAAAUUAUGAGCGUUCAUGAAUUAGACAAUAUCAGGAAGAAUAUUGGUGGACUCAUUUCAAUGAAUUCAUUCAUGUCAUCAACAAUCGAUCGAAAUAUUGCCUUACUAUUUGUUGGUGAUGGGACCAGUAGUCUGGGAGAAUCUGUAUUAUUUGAAAUAAUUAUUGAUAAAAAUGUACAAACAAAAUAUGCAUUUGCUAAUAUUUCCGAAGAAAGUCAUUUUCAUGAUGAACAAGAAUAUUUAUUUACGAUUGGAACAAUAUUUCGAAUUCAAUCGAUUAAAAAAGAAAAUAAUAUCUGGAUUUUAGUGUUAAAAUUAGCUACAAACGAUACAUUGGAAUUAGAAGAAUUAGAAAAAUAUUUAAAAGAGAAAAUGAACAAAACAACAGACUAUUUAACAUUAGGACGUACAUUAAUGGAUAUGGGUGAUUUUGCUAGAGCCGAAAAAAUUUUUAAAGCACAUGAAAAAAUGUGUCUUGCAGGAAAAGAGAAUAUUUAUGAUGUAUUGGCUGCAUUGUAUGGCUUUCAAGGAAACUUCUAUUUAGCGUUGGAUUAUGCCAAUAAAGCGCUUGCAUGUUCGAAUAUUAGUAAUGAUCGCUUAAUAAAAUUACAUACUAUACUCGGACAACUUCAUUUGAAAAAUGGAUCACUUCAUAAAGCCUUAUAUAAUCUUCGAAUAGUUGAACGAAUGCUGUCUGAGAAAUUAAUAACAAAUAAAAAUUAUCGACAUCUUGAUAUGGUGUACUUUGCACUUGGUGGAGCUUAUCAAAGAUCAGGCGAUACUCCAAAAGCUCUUGAAUAUUACAAAAAAUCUCUUGAAUUAGUAGAACAAUAUUUACCUGAAUAUCAUUUUGAUAAAGCAGCUAUCUUGAAACGUAUUGGUGUAUGCUACGAAGAUAAAAAAGAUCAUACAACGGCCUUGAUAUAUCAUCAAAAAGCUUUGGAAAUUCAAUUACAUUGUUUGAAACGCAAUCAUCAACAUCUUGCUUGUUCGUAUAACGAUAUUGGUUUAUGUUAUUUCUAUAGAAAUGAUCCUGUUUCUGCCUUAUAUUAUUACGGAAAGGCAGAAGAAAUCUAUAGCUCUAACUCUUCUUGCGAUCCAACAAUGGUUGGAACUCUAUACGGAAAUAUGGGUCUUUUUUGUAUUCAAAUACUACACAAUUAUCCGUUAGCACUGGACUAUUUAACAAAAAGUUUAAAUAUACAAUUAAAAGCGUCAUCCGAUGAUAACUAUCGUUUGGUUCGAAUAUAUAUUAAUAUUUUUGGAGCUCAUUAUGAAAAUGGUCAACGAAUUGCGAAUAGUUUACCUAAUACAAUUAUUCUCGGUCAUUCUUCAAGACUCAUUAGUGAUUCGUUAAAGGAAAUGAAGCUAGCAUUAUUUUAUAGCAAAAAAGCUUCAGAAAUUGCAACAAAAGCAUUACCACCUAAUCAUCCAAGUGUGAUUAACUGCCGUAAUGGAAUUGAAAUGUCAAGAAAGUGGAUUAAAAGACUGACAGAAGCAAAAUCUAUGUUGGCCUAG